AUGGUGGAAGACCGACGCGGAAGCGAUGGCAGCGCCGCCAGUACGGCGCACAGCAUCGGCGGCGGCAGCGUCGACGAGACCAAGGCGUGGGACGGUACUGCAUCGACAGCGCCGACGACCUCGGCGAUCACCACGUCCAAGGGCUACGUGACGAGUACAUCGUCGUUUUGCGGGACACCCGACAUCUAUGGCUACCACACCACGACGCGGGCCCGCGAGGCAAAGGUCCACGUCCUAAACGUCCCCACGGCCGUCUCGUUUGUCCCGACCGACCAGCCUCAGACGGCCAUCAGCAUCACAGAGGAUCGUAUCGUGAUCGACACCAUCUACCCUCCCACGCUCUCAUCCUGCUCCGACCACGAUGGCGGCGCCGACGACCAAGAGGGAGGAGCAGGAGCGAUGAGGGCCGGCGAUGGCGGGCCAGCGGCGACGGGUGCAAAGAGGAACCUGCGAGGGGACAAGAGGAGAACAGCAGCGGCCGAUACGAUCCACAUGCUUCGGGACCACGAGGCGAGCCUGCUCCUCGCCCUCGAACAGGUCAAGACGCUGCACGUCGGAUCCACCAUCGAGGACGAAAUCGAGCUGACCGCGGGCAUCGAGACGCGGCUCGCACCGCUACCGGCGCCGCUGCCGCUGGCGGGAUCGCAUUCGUCGUCGUCGACGACAACGGCUUCUUCGAUGCCGCCCACGCCGACGACGCCGUACCACCGCGGCGUCGAGGCGGGCGAGGUGCUGCCUCCGAUCUUUGAUCUGCACCACCACGUCGACCCAUCGUGCGACCCGGAUCCGUACGAGGUCAAGGGCCCCGUCGUGUCGAGGUCCGUCCGUGUCGAUCCGGUCGAGACGACGCGCAUCUCUUCGAUCAACGACCCGACACGCUGCCCGGACACGUCGCACCUCGUCGCUGGUCAGCUGGCUUCCAACGCCGUCGUCCCGCCGCCGCGCAGGAGCUCGAAGCUGUACGCCGUCGGCGCCAGGAGGGGGGCGAGGAGCAGCGGCAACCUCCCCGCCACGGCUGCCACCGCUGCCACCUCGCCCUCGUCCCCUACGUUUGCGUCGAGGUACAACGGCACCCCGACACGCGGCAUCAGCGCAAACGAGGGCGUGAUCCAGCCCAGGUCAGGGCGGAGGAGCCUCGACUCGUCCCUCGCUGCGCGCCCGCCCGUCGAGACCGCCCCGCCUCUGCCCGCAUCCCGCUCCGCCCUCGUCCAAGGCUCCGCCACCGAUCGCGGCGAAAAGCAGGCUGCGGUCUCGGUGCUUCCUCGUCCUCCUCUUCCUCCGCUGCCCGCCAGCGAGCGGGAGCAGCUCGAUAGGCAGCAGCCCAGGCUACGCAAGAAGGAGUCGACUCUAUCACGGCUGCGCAGGUCCCUCAGCACCACCAUUCGCAGGAAGAGGGCCUCCAGCGGCGCUCCCGACGCCAUCGAUGGCCACGAGGGCAACCUCGCACCACCGGCUGCUUCUCACCCAAAUGAGUUUGGCGCCGUACGAGCUCAGUGA